AUGAAUUCUAGGUGUUUGUUGAAUUCGAACAGCAUGGUUCAAUCUUCGAAUUCUGCAGCAGCAGAAGAAAGAGUGGAUGGUUCUAGAAAUAGCCAUCGGCCUGAACGUGUCUCGUUGCCGCCUUCGUUUUCUGUUCGUAUGGCUAUGAGAAUAUCUAGAUCAAGAUGGUUUACCUUUUUAAGAAGAGUUUUCCAUUAUCAGAAUGGCUCGAGGUCUAGUCUUGGCUCGAAUCCUUUCAAUUCUAGCACUUGGUUGAUGUUGGAGUUUGGUGCUUUGAUUGUACAAAUCAUUGUUUCUACGUUCACUUUGGCUGUUUCAAAUAUGGAGAAACCUGUUUGGCCUAUGAGGGUAUGGAUAUCUGGUUAUGAUAUUGGAUGUGUUCUAAAUUUGCUUGUGGUUUAUGGACGGUACCGACAAAUUUAUCUGGUUCAAGGAGAUGCUGUAAGCCUUUCUAAUAUGGAACAACAGAGGAACAGUGAAGACACAAGUGUAUACAGGAUGUCACACUUGAUGAACAAAUGCAGGACUUCACUGGAGCUUUUCUUUGCCAUAUGGUUUGUGAUGGGAAAUGUUUGGGUUUUCGACUCACGUUUCGGUUCAUUUCAACAAGCUCCAAAACUCCAUGUCCUCUGCAUCACUUUGCUUACCUGGAAUGCAAUCUGUUACUCUUUCCCUUUCCUUCUUUUUCUUUUGUUAUGCUGCUGCGUGCCACUGAUUAGCUCCCUCCUCGGUUACAACAUGAACAUCGCAUCUUCUAAUAAAGGAGCAACCGAUGAACAAAUUUCACAACUUCCAAGUUGGAUACACAAAGAUCCUCCUCAUACUACCAAGUUAGAUCUCGGAAACGACUCUGAAAGCAUUGAAAAAUUUAUCAAUGAAGAUCCGGAAUGUUGCAUUUGCUUAGCCAAGUACAAAGACAACGAAGAAGUUAGAAAAUUGCCAUGUUCUCAUGUGUUCCAUCUAAAAUGUGUGGACCAGUGGCUGAAAAUUCUUUCUUGCUGCCCACUUUGCAAACAAGGAUUAGAAAGGUAG